AUGACUAGCGAAAUACCAGCAAGUUCUUCAGAAAUUCAUGCAGAUAAUAUAGAGGUUUUUCAACUUAAAGCACUUUCGUUAAAUUUCCUAAGAAAUACUUCUGAAAUAACUGAUGAACAUAUUCUGAAACUUAAUCCUUGCCACUUUUGCAAUGAAGGAAUUCUUACCUUACUACUUCAUUCAUUCACAGUAUUAUUAUGUGAAUAUAUAUACCAUCGAAUAUGUCUUAAAAAACAUAUUAUACGAUCAGAAACGUGUUUUUCUUUAUGUCCUAUUUCUAGUUGUAUAUCACCUUUCGAACUUAUUAGGAAGGAACUUACACUAGCUUUUGGGGAAAAGAGAACUGAAGUUACUAUGCAUGAUCAAGCGACAAGUCCAAUUGCGUAUGUAGAAGAGAUACCAGAGCUAUCAGAUAUCAUCGAUGAUACUGAAAAUGGUGAUGGAAAUAACAAUCAUAGUUUACAAAUAAGGAUAGAUAAUUUGACUAAUCAAAUAAUUGAAGAUGACAUCGCUAAUACACAAAUCCGAUCAUCAAGAGAAACAUCCUCAAGAACCAAUCAUGAACAGGAAAGAUUUUGA